CUGCUCGGCAAUAAUCAGUCUCUUUAGAAACUUCUCCGGGGGAAAAGUGUUGGGAGAGCUACAAAGUGCUGGUGCUUUUAUAAUAUUUUUCCCCUUCCUCCUCCUUCCGCAGGACUCUUCUUCGUGCUUUUCAGAGAACCUGGCGAGUUGGAAGAGGUGGUGGACGGGAAAAAAGAGGAGUUUUUAGAUAUAUAUAAAAAAAAAUCUUGCUUAUUUUUUUUUUAAUUUGUUUUUUCUAGCGGGCAGUGUUCUACCUGCUCGGUGGCAACCCCGAUCCACUUGAUGCAUUCAUAGGGAGGACAGGGAGUUCACACUUGGGUGUGAUCUUCAAUUUUUUGGAAACUUCUCCCCAACCUUUAAGUAAAUUUUCUGGUGGUUGCCUUAGGGUGACCUGUCUUGAGGGGCUUUUUUUUUUCACUUUAAAAAAAAAAGCAGGUGAGCUGGGAUUUGGGGGGGGGUUAUUUUACCAUUCCUCUUUUUUCUCUCACCUGGCGAUUUUUUUUUUUGCCCCAAACUAUUGCAAGCCUUGAUUCUUGCAACUGAGACCAGCUCUCCCAUCACCUCAAUUUUCCCCCCAACACUUAAAAAAAAAAACCCAGACCCCGGUAGAGAGAGAAAAAGGAGGAAAGCCCUCGUCUUGCUCCCAAGACAAUAGGUAGCUGGGCAGAUUUUGAGGCUCUACCCUCCACACACACACCCUGCCCCCACAGUCUCCCCAGCCUUGUACCGUGCCCCAAGGUAAGGGGGAACUUUAGGAAGAUGGUGCUGCCUACGGUGUUCCUGCUGCUGUCCGCCUGCAUCGGGGCAGCCCAAGGCCUGGGCUCUUUCGUGCACUGCGAAGCGUGCGACGAGAAAGCCCUGUCCAUGUGCCCCCCGAGUCCCCUGGGCUGCGAGCUGGUCAAAGAGCCCGGCUGCGGCUGCUGCAUGACCUGCGCGCUGAACGAGGGGCAAUCGUGCGGGGUGUACACCGAGCGUUGCGCCCAAGGGCUCCGCUGCCUCCCCCGACAGGACGAGGAGAAGCCCCUGCACGCCCUCCUGCACGGACGCGGGGUCUGCCUCAACGAAAAGAGCUACCGAGAGCAAGCCAAAAUCGAGAGAGAAUCCCGGGAACAUGAGGAACCAACCACUUCAGAAAUGGCUGAGGAGACCUACUCCCCAAAAGUUUUCCGGCCCAAGCAUGUUCACCUGUCUGAGAUGAAGGCUGAGGCCCUGAAGAAAGAUCGCCGAAAGAAGAUGACCCAGUCCAAGUUUGUUGGUGGGGCUGAGAACACCGCCCAGUCCCGGGUCAUCUCAGUCCCUGAGAUGAGACAGGAGUCUGAACAAGGUCCCUGCCGAAGACAUAUGGAAGCUUCUCUUCAAGAGUUGAAAACCAGCCCUCGUAUGGUUCCCCGGACGGUCUACCUGCCAAAUUGUGACCGUAAAGGCUUUUACAAGAGGAAACAGUGCAAGCCAUCUCGGGGCCGCAAACGUGGCAUUUGCUGGUGUGUGGAUAAGUACGGGAUGAAGCUGCCCGGGAUGGAAUAUGUCGAUGGAGAUUUCCAGUGUCACAGUUUUGACAGCAGCAAUGUUGAGUGAGGCUUCCCUCCCAUCCCUCAUCCCUUUCUCCUCCACCCUACCCCUUACUCCCCAGCUUUUCCCCAGCUCCCCCCUCAAUUCCAGCCAGUGCCCCUCUCCACCCCGAGGAAGCCACUCAUUUCAUCUCAUUUAAGGGAAAAAAAUAUUUGAAGAAACUGAGGACCUCGGAAUCUUUAGCAAGUUCUCAAGCUUUUGUUUUUUAAGCAAAACAACAGAGACAGAAUAAGUCAAGAAGACACCCCCUUUUUUGGUUGAUGGGGUGAAGAGUGGGGUGGUAAGGAGAAUGAAUGGAGAAGGGAAGAGAGGAAGAGGAAAAUAGAGAGCAUGUGACGGAAGAGACUCACUGAGAAGGACACAUAAACUCAAGAAAAGCAACAAAGAAAAGAGAAGAAGUAACAUUAGUAACCUGUACUGGCCCACAUCCUGCUACCAAGAGACCUUUAGCUGGGAAACGGUUUUGCCUGGGGAGGGCCGGGGCUAUUAGGUGGGAUCCAACUGCUUGCUGAGGUUCUUUUCAGUUUGUUUUGGUGGAAAGAGGAAAAGAGAUUUUAGUGGAAGAAGAAAAGGCAAAUUAGGGCUUUGCUCUCCUGUGUCUCCUCCUCCAGUCAGCUCCUAAGGCCUCUUCAGGUCUCUCAUUCCUCUCUCCUCACCCCCUAAUUCUUUUAAGGUUUGUCUAAAAAUGAAAAUGCAUUCCAUUCCUGUUUUAUUUUUUUUAAUCCAAACUUCUGAAUGAUCCUAGCUUGGUAGGAUUUUCUGGACAGACAUAUAUUGACAUAUUAUAUGCAUGUAUGUCCGUGGGUAUCUUUCAGUCCACAUACAGACAUACCCAGUCAUUACUACAUACACAGCCUUGGAAUUUCCUUCUCUUCCAAGCUGAUUAAAAGAAGCCAAGGGUGUGGAUAUGGAUUUUAUUUUUCAAUUCUUAGUGUAGCCUCCACAGGGGAGGAUGGACUGGCAAAGCAUUUGUGUGGGCUUGUAUUUAUCCACAAGGCUAUAUGUCUACAUAUAGAGAUAUAUACUUUUAUAUCUUUUUUUUCUCUCUCUGUCUUUCUCUCUCUAAAUGGUUUGCAUUGACUUUCCAAAAGUAGUUUCAAUGGGCACUGAGGAUUCUUCCCAGGCUUGCAAAGCCAAGAAAAGCCCAGAUUUUUUUCCCCAAACACAAACCGAAAUACCAGCAUCAUCUGCCUGUCAUUUUGGGGGUCUCUCCUAAAAAGCUCAAGUGUGUGCUUCCUGUGGAGUUGUAAGAUAGCCCCAUUGACAUUUUGCAUCAGUGCUUUCCCAUGACCCUGUGGCUCUCUCGGUCUGUGUGACUGGGUGGGCAUGUACCCAAGCUAUUCCGUGCCUGUGUACACACAGACAUGCCUUUCUCUCCCUCACACUUCCCUUUUCAAAAUUUCUUAUAGCCCUCCAGAAAUAACUCUCUGACUUUUACACUGAACUGAGUUGGGCCCUUUAGCUCAUAACCAUAACCCAAGCCACAGGUUAUGAGAUGGAGAUUUGUGGUUUCCCAGCCUUUUGGUUUCAGCUGGAUGGAGACUGCAUUUUGGAACCUUAUUCUCAGUCUUCACCUUGGGAGAGGGCAAGAGAGGUUGCAAUGAGAGGCAACUAAGAAGGAGAAAAAUAGAAAGGUCCUAGAUCAGAAUUUGGGGUUCAUUGUGUCCCUCUUGGGAAAGCAAAAAUUAACAAGGGCUUUCCCCAUUGCCUUGGAGAUGGUUAGAGAGUACUUCCUUGCCUAUUUCAUUGCAGCAUCAGAACACAAGGAAGGAAGAGGUAGGCUCCCCAGAAUACCCUCCCCAUCCUGGAUGCAGAAAUAAAAAGAGAGGAGAGAAUAGGACAUAUACCUUUUCUUUGCUUCUGGCUAUCCCAAAGCCAGAUGUUUUGAACAAGAAGGAGAUAACAGGAGAGGGAAAGAACAGAUUAUGGCUUAAAUAGGUACCAAAAGUUAAAGGAAACUGAAAGGAAGCUGGAGGAUCAGAAGAGGGAGAAUAGUGUUUCUGUGGGGCUUUGGUUCAAAGGAACAAAACUGUUCUGGGGAGCUCCCUUCAGCCUCCAAUAAUCCCUGCCUCCACUAUGGUGAAGCAAGUUUCGGUCUCUGCUUCUGCUCUGAUCGGUUACUUCUUCCUUCCUCAGAAGGGAGGGACAGGAUGAUGUUAGGGACAUUUUGGCUGGCAUGGGUCAUUUGGAUUGGUAACAACAACACUUCUGACCCAAAUUCACCCUCUCUCCCUCCUCUUCUGCUACAGGAAUGAGAAAAGACAUUGGUCUUCCCUAAUAGAAUAGCUUUGAGGCUAAAUGUUGGUCAGAGGGAGACAAGGAAACACACAUGGACACUGGCAGAGAAUCCAUCCCUUUAUGGAUACAUCCCUUCAAAGCACAUACCUUUUACCUAGUGUCACAAACCCCAGGAGACCAACCUCAAACUCAUCCCACUUAAUCUGGAGAGAAUAUGGCAGAGAAGCAUGGGGUGUACAGCUCCAGUGAAGGAAAUACUCAACGCUGUAGAAUAAAGGAAACAAUCUAGAUGGAGUGGCCUUUGGCCUUACUUCCCAGUAAAGCAUUUGGCAAGGGAGAGGAGAGGGAAAUGAUUAUACUUGCGACAAAGAGCCAGAAGGAGAGGGCAGCAGUAGGGCCAUCUCUGGACCUUCUCUGCCUCCCCCAUCUCUCUGCAUCAAUCCUUAUUCCCACCCCCACCCCACCCUGGAUAGUCUCCAUGUCUACAUAGGCCAGUAUCCUUAAUCUUUUCUCACUUUGUUUUCUACUUUCUCUCUCUAUUUUUUUCUCCCUGGAUCUUGAGCAAUCCAUUGGUCUGGGAUUUGCUAAGCAGAUGCUGGGGUGCCGUUUCCCCUAAGAUAAGACUGAGCCAGGAAUCUUACUUCUGUCCUCUCCUUUUCCACCUUCUUCCAUACUCCCCUAUCCUGUUUUUUUAAAAAAGUUUUCUCUCUUCUCUGCUCUUUUGUCUUUGACUCUCUUUUCCUUUUUUUCUCCUAUCUCUCUGCCUCUUGCCCCAUUGAAUUGCCCCCUUGAAUGGAAUGCUUCCCCACUCUUGCCAUCCUCUGCUCCAUCCCUAGAGACUGAACAUAAACUCAUCCAGGUCUUAUGAGUGAGCACUGUAAAUUUCUAAAAAAAAAAAUUUUAAAAGAAAAAAAUGAGGAUACUAUGGAAAGUCAGUGCACUGUUAGUUCAGUGGGGGGGGGGGCCUUCUUUCUCUCCAAAAUGGAAGUUGAGUCUAUCCUGAUCUCCUCUUCCAUCUUUCCCAAACUCCUCAGUCCACUUUUGUAGGUUAUUUGGGGAAAUAAAAACAAAACCCAUCAAAACCUUGGGAAUUGAUCUGCAAAAGUGGAGGCAGCUUGAUGACACAGCCCAAGUCUACUGUUAUCCUUUCGAGGUACCUAGCUCCUAGAGACUGCAUGAGGAUGUUUCUGUGUAAAGUAUUUAGCUCCAAAAAGGUGGCCACAAUUUCUGGGACUAACUUAACUGAGUGUCUCAAACAGGUAGCCUGACCUGAGCCCAGUAAAAGUAGAUUGAGAGAUAAUAAAGAUGAGACAGAAAGGACACUGCCUUUUCCCAUUGGACUUAUGCCCCUGAGAGAAGGUAGUUAGGGAAGACAGGUCUGAAAUGACUCGGGAGUUAAUGGCUCCUAUGUAGUCUUCAACCCUCAUUCUUGAAGUUGGCCAUUUGCCAAGUCUUUUGCUCAUCAUCGAUGCUCUAUGCUCUGUGCUGUCAGGGUAUACAGCCAGCCUCCUAACAGACCUUGCUUAGUUAGGCAGGUUUCCAAUCCACCUCCUACUUCUUGAAAAUUGAGGACGGAACUCUUCCUGCCUCCACUACUUUGAUAAGGGAGGAUGGGCUUGAGCUGGUCUUUGUCCCUCCCAAUUCCCCAUCCCAUCCCCUAGACAAUGAGGGAGUGUGGAAAAAAUGAGACCUGAUGCAUAUGCACAGCUUAAACUGACAGCCAGGUACAUAGAAACCUGGAGACAUUCAUCCCUAAAAGGGGGAAAAGGUAUAGGGAGAUCCCACCAGGUCCUCUGUCCAUACUCCAAUUCUCCUUCACCAUUACUGCCCAUGACAUCUCCAUGGUGACUCACAGGGUAAGGGAAGAGAAAAUCAGGAGUGUGGAAACGACCCAUUCCUGUCUCAGGCAGGUCAAUUGUUAUAGCAAGCAGCCUCCACUAGUUACCACAGCCCUGAGGAGAAUGGGAGGAGAGUCUUCUCCCCCAACUCCAUUAACCCUGGGAAGAUACAAUUCAAAGGUUAGUAAUUCAUGAAUGUAGUUGGACACAUAGAAGAGACCUUUGGUUUCUCAAACAAAUUUUUGGUGUGCUGGACGUGAUAUUAGGGUAGGGAGAAUUUUGAAAUGGAAGGGUUGGAAAUGGAGCGAGGGGAGAAGAAUUUCCACCAACCAGCAAUCUGGGCUUUAUACUGCCCUUGUUUGUUUGUUUGUUUUUUUAAAAAGAAAACCACUAGUGUGCAAAGCUUUAUAUUGCACUUUCUCUCCACUGCUUCCUUAUUAAUUUUUUUUAUUUCUUUAAAAACUUUCUUGAUUUUCUAAUAGAGUGUGUCCUUAAAUCAUUCUUCAUAUAUUCCAAUUUCUUUCUCUUUUUCUCUCUCCAGACCUGCAGGGGGCAAGCAAGAGGGGAAUUGUAGGGGGGAGGAGAGAGUGAUGGGAUAAAGGGAGGAAAUGUCAAGAGAAAUUGGUUUCUCUAUAGUUGUGUGUCCCCCUUCACCCUCCCCAGCCCACUCCUAGCCCCUGAUCAUUAGCACCUCCUCCUCCCAGCACCACCAUCUAGGCAUCUAUAUGGAUAGUACAGUUAUCAGACAACACACCCUCAGAUUCCGAGUCUUCAACCUGGUUCUUUUUUUUUUUAAGAUAGCAAUAACCACGACACAUUUUACUUUAGUUCUUGAUAGCUUUUUACAUACGUACCAUAGCUCUGUUCUCUCUUCUUUUUUUCCAAUUUUUUAAAAUAAAGAAAUACUCAUAAUCUUUACCAGUGAAAAGGAUGGAAACGUGAAAUGAACAAAAAAAAAAGCUCAAUGUGUGGAUAAUAAAACAAAACAAAACAAAACAAAACAAAAAAACCUGAAUGUGGAAGAGCUUAGCUCCUGUUUUAGCAUUUUGUACUUAAGAAAAUAAAAAACAAAGGAUCUCACAUUUUAUUAAAAAAGUGAAGAUUGCUGUAUACUAUUUAUUCAACUUAUAAUUUAUGUUACUCUUUGAUCUUUGUCUUUUGUCAUGACAAAGCAUUUAUUUAAUAAAGUUAUGCAUUCAGUUA